CCAACUGUGGUUGCAUAUCCAGAGUAAGGACUUAAUCCUUUUGGGGGUUUUUUUUGUUAACAGACUGACAUGUCAACAGUUUUGUCCUCACUCAGAGUGGUUAUAUGACUGUAAGUGAAUAGGUUAGUUUGAGCUUUCAGACUCAAAUGUAAUGUGAGUCUAUGGUUUCAGUCUCUCUGGCUGAUAGUUUGAGGUCAUUCUUCUCACUGCAGUGAAACAGCCUGAUAUCGCUGUGCUUGUUGUUAUAUAACCGCCCACAAACCACCAUCUCUUCUUCUUUUCUAACUUCUGAUGAGCUUAACAUUUUGAAAUUUGUUUGUGGUGCAGACGCUUUUCCUGUACAUUAACUCCUCAGCACGUUGUAAAUCAAUCUGCUUGUUCCCACUUCCUUAUACCGUCCUCGACUACUGUCCCCACCCCCCCACUUUUUGGUGGUUCUGGGAUCCAUCUGAUCUUGGCUUGGUUUGAAAGUUAUUCUCUCUCCAAAUGAAUCCUGACUUUUUUAUCUACUCUCCUUUGAUCUUAAGUCUUUGCUCUUUUGAAGAACUUGGUCGUGGCUGAACUGGAUCUGUUUGACAAGAUGUUGAGACACUGUUUUGCACUAAACGAGUUGAUGUAAUAUAUUAUAAAUCUAGCAGAUGUUCAGAAGGCCCACAAUUCAUUAGUGAAUACCCUCUGGUAUUCGUGUGUGAAGGACACUUGCCACGUGCUGAAUAUUUGUGGCAACUUCUGUUACACAUUUCUGCUUCGAAAGCCACUGUUGGCCCAUUCCUAAAUCAUUUUUGACGCAUGAAAAAGAAACAUAAGACUUUCCAAACGCCUGUAAUAUCUCAGUUGUGGUAAUAGAGGAGUCAUUUGUUCAAAUACCACAUGUCCUUAAUGAAGGCCUAAUACAGACACUAGUCAAGAGAGCAGCAAGUGUGCUUGGACUAUUUUGGACUAAAACAAAUGCUCUUUUUUACAGCUGUCACAGUCUUCACAAAUUAAAAACGGACCAAGAGCACACCUCGCACACCUGAUCUUAAAAGGAUCCGUUCAAGCUGUUUUGCUGGCCGACUCCUCCUCGCUCUGCUGCACAGCUGCAGAAUAUUCCCGGGGCUGAUGGUGAUGUUGUGCUUUCUUAACGGUUCCCUCUACAGUCAGAAAAACUUAAAAAUGCUUUGAGGGCCUUUUAGCUGAAAUUAGACCUUGCUGUUCUGAUGCUGGUCCACUGCCAGUGGAAUAAAUGCUCAUACUGGAAUAUAAAAAGAGGCCAGUGAUGUUCCGGCUGAACAGCACAACAAUGCUGCCUACAGUAGCGUGUUUAUUUAUCACAGAGUGAUUGCCAGCCACUGUCGGAAACAUGAGAGUUGCUUGUGUUUACACGGAUUCGCACAGCUUUGGUUACCCUUUCCUGGUGACGGAUCGUUUGCUGCCCGGACUUUGUAUGUUACGUGCUGUGUCACAGGUCGCCGUUGCCGUUGUCUUGGUGUGGUCAUGUUGUGUGACUACAGUUUUCCGUUUUAAAAUGGGAAAAGCGUCAAGACUUCUGCAGCGAGGGGACCGCUUUUAACACUGGAUUUCUCUGCUUCUCCUUCGUUCAUUUUAAAGAUGCUUUUAAGGACAUCUCAGUAGUUAACCAGCAGCAGCAAUGGACUAAAUAAUCGACCUCUUGUGAUGGCGUUGACUCCAAGAUGACCUGCAGCCCGAGCCCAUGAACAACGACAGACACUCUCACAUUUAGCAGGUCAUAUUUAAGGUUCCACACAGGGUGACCCAUGCUUUCAGAUGAGCUUGACUCCAAACCAGAGCUGCUGGUGCAGUUUGUACAGAACGCGUCCAUCCCGUUGGUGCAGGGUCUGGAGGACUCGGAGUCCAAACACCCCUGCCUGCCUCUGCUGGCCCCAGCUGAGAGGUCCCUGUGCAGCCCCCUAGAGCUCACAGGUCAGCAGGCAUUCUCUGCCAUUGUCCUGUCCACCACAGACCAAAUCAGUGAUGGAGGCCUGAUCCACGAGCCCGAGAGUUCCCCCUCCCUUUCAGAGUUUGGAGGUGUGUCAGAGCAAGGCGCGCUGGUGGUCCAGACACACUCCCACACGCCGGUCUCACCCAGCCCCCCGCCCAUCCUCCAUGACCUCCAGCAGUCGGACAGCACGUCAUACGUCCUGCUGAACCUUGCGAAGGGCAUCACAGCGUCCUCGGAGUCCUUGAUCUUCGCAGAUGGCGCCGGUGACGAUGACGAUGAGGGAGUCUCAUCGGGGGACUACGGUAUAGAUGGCAGCGCUCCCUGGUAUCUGCGGGUACAGGAGCUGGCGCACGACAGCCUGAUUGCAGCCACGCGGGCGCAACUCGCCAGAGACGCCAAGGCCAGCCAGGACGCCAGAGCUGCUAGCGUCGGUAACGGUGACCACACACACGGCUUGAUAGCUGACGGCGACAAGCGAGAGCUGCCGCCCCGACCCAGCCGCCCCCUCUCCAAGCAGAUCCUGCGCUGCUCGUUUGAGGGCUGCUGCAGGACGUUCACCUGGCCGGCUCAUCUCAAAUACCACCUCAAAACACACAGGAACGACCGAAUGUUCAGGUGCGGCGCGGAGGGCUGCGGGAAGAGCUUCUACGUGCUGCAGAGGCUGCAGGUUCACAUGAGGACGCACAACGGCGAGAAGCCCUUCAUCUGCAAAGAGAAGAACUGUGGCAAAAAGUUCACCACGGCUGGAAACUUGAAGAACCACAGACGCAUACACACAGGAGAGAAGCCUUUCCUGUGUGAAGCAGACGGCUGUGGCCGAUCCUUCGCAGAGUAUUCCAGUCUACGAAAACACAUGCUCGUACACUCUGGCGAGAAGCCGCAUCUGUGUGGGAUCUGUGGGAAGACUUUCUCUCAGUCCGGCAGCAGGAACGUUCACAUGAGGAAGAGGCACGGAGAGGAGGGGCUCAGCGGUGAAAGCAGAGAAACAGGGGAGGCUCUGACACAAAGCAGCCUGCUGGAGGCAGACGGCGAGAGCGCAGACAGUAUGGUCGCCAUGACAACAACCGUGGAACCCAUGAAUCUUCAUCAUGCCAUGCUGAGAUCUCCAGGGUCUGCAGACUCCGUAGUCGUCCUCUCACAGCCACACGAAUUGGUGACCAUGACAACAGAAGGCCAUGCAUAUGGAGAGGAUGUGGUUGCUCUGCUGUAGUCGGCCAUCAUGACAAACUUCACACCUAUUCAUAGACAUCUAUUUGUAAAAAAAAGAUCAACCUGUAGAUAUUUGUAAUUACCAACCAAUGAUGGUUUUAUUUUGUGAAAUGUGUGAAAUGGAAAAGUUUAUACAAACAUUUUUUUUUUUCUCACGUUUUUUGAAACUCCCAAAGAUAAACUAAGACGGGUUUGAAAAGGAGAGACAAGUGUAAGUGACCAUGCAUUUUAAUGUGCAUCAUCAUUGUAAACAGAAGUCUGGGGUUAAAGAUGAUCCCUGAUGAAAAAUGAAUUCCCAAAACCUCUACGGCUGAUCUGUCAAAUUUAAGUGUACCACAUACAUGUAUACCACCAUUAUCCUUAUUAAUAACACAAACACGUGACAUUUAAAACUGCUACAGCACCGUAUAUUACAUUGCAGCAUGUAAACAUUGUUGUUACACAACCAGCCACCGUGACCAAGGCAGGCCGCCCUGUUUAUCAGCACAGAACAGAAAAAAAAACAUCCAUUUCAAACAAAUCGUGCAUCCAGUAAUGCCCAGAGCUGCAUUAACUGAGGUGUUAUUGCUCGCAUCUCUCAUUCAGCCUCCAGUGGUUCACUUGUUCUCUGAGUAAGGCAACACAUUGCUCAAUUGCAGUUCAACAUAUUAACACUUGAGAAUAAUUGCUUUUUAAAAGAAAUUAAGAAUUACUCGUGAGAUUAGUUCUGCCCUUCUGAAACAAACAGCAGAUGCCUGGGCCAGUUAAAUAAGGUAGAGCACAUUACUUGUGUGUGUGUGUGUUAGUGACUUCCAUUUAAAUCAGCAUCUCGUUAUCAGUGUCCGUUCCUCCCUUCUCCUCAGCGGAGCUUCAGGUUGUGGAAGUGGUCCAACGUAGCGCCCAGAGCCCAGCUAGCCUCCACGUUGUUCACUUUCUUGGUUAGCUAGGAAGUGAAGAUCACCAAGUUACUCAAAUGACUUUUGUAUUUACGGCAAUAAAAAAAAAAAAGUAACAAGA